AAAAACAUAGUUUCAAUUUAUUUUCUGGUUUCAACAGAACAAGUUGAAAUCAUCGCAGAAGGAUAAAGUUCGUCAGUUUAUGAUCUUCACACAAUCUAGUGAAAAAACAGCAGUAAGUUGUCUGUCUCAAAAUGACUGGAAGUUAGAUGUUGCAACAGACAAUUUUUUCCAAAAUCCUGAACUUUAUAUACGAGAGAGUGUAAAAGGAUCAUUGGACAGGAAGAAGUUAGAACAACUAUACAAUAGAUACAAAGAUCCUCAAGAUGAAAAUAAAAUUGGAAUAGAUGGUAUCCAGCAGUUCUGUGAUGACCUGGCACUCGAUCCUGCCAGCAUCAGCGUGUUGAUCAUUGCAUGGAAGUUCAGAGCAGCAACACAGUGCGAGUUCUCCAAACAAGAGUUCAUGGACGGUAUGACAGAGUUAGGAUGUGACAGCAUAGAAAAACUAAAGGCCCAGAUACCCAAGAUGGAACAAGAAUUGAAAGAACCAGGACGAUUUAAGGAUUUUUACCAGUUUACUUUUAAUUUUGCAAAGAAUCCAGGACAAAAAGGAUUAGAUCUAGAAAUGGCCAUUGCCUACUGGAAUUUAGUGCUUAAUGGAAGAUUUAAAUUCUUAGACUUAUGGAAUAAAUUUUUGUUGGAACAUCAUAAACGAUCAAUACCAAAAGAUACUUGGAACCUUCUUUUAGACUUCAGUACAAUGAUUGCAGAUGACAUGUCUAAUUAUGAUGAAGAAGGAGCAUGGCCUGUUCUUAUUGAUGACUUUGUGGAAUUUGCACGCCCUCAAAUUGCUGGGACAAAAAGUACAACAGUGUAGCACUAAAGGAACCUUCUAGAAUGUACAUAGUCUGUACAAUAAAUACAACGGAAAAUUGCACAGUCAAUUUCUGCUGGCUGGACUGAACUGAAGAUCAAUCCUCACAAUUCAGACUGAGGGUUGUGUCAAAACUUUAAGGAUACAUCUUGGACCAUAUCGUAUUUCAUUCUUCUAAUGGUGGUUUGGGCUUGUCUUCUAGUCUGGGCCGCUCUAAACAUUUAUAAUUCCAACAUUGUGGAUUUCAUCUUAUAUCUGUGGACCAUCCUAGUUUAUUCUCCCAUAAGUCUUAGAAGCUUUAUGGUGAUUAUUUUGAGGUUUCCAUUCUUGCAUAAAGCACAAUGCUGUCUUCAUCAGAAAGCAGUUUGGCAUAAGAAUUAAACAUAUGAACAUCACAAACAAUUUAUAAAAACUUCUUAAAUAUAUGCUUUGGGCUAGUUGCAAAGACUAUGCUGAUAGCACUUCCAAUGAGAGUGAUAUAUUUAAGUGUACCAGAUCUGGAAUGGUGUUUUGGUUUGGGGGGAUUUUUUUUUCCUGGCAAAUCACAUGUAUUGUUGAUGUGAGUAGAGUAACUGAUGUCAAAAUAACCAACGUGAAAAAUUUUGAGGAUAACUUGGUGUGCCUACCUGAAAAAUUUAUUGUGUUUCAGACCCUCGAUUUCAAAAGGUUCCACAGAACUAGUCUGCACUUACCUUACCCAUGUUUAUGUAUAGUUGUCUUACAGGGAACUUUUAUUUAGGAAAUGUCUGCAUAAUGUUAGAUUCUACUCCUGUCUACAUUAUGCACUACAUAAUUGGAUUUCAUUAUGAUUUUGAAAUGCUUAUAUGCCUGUUGAAUAAGUUAAACUAUUUAAUUUGUUUUGAAUGUUUUAGAUUGCUACACAAUACAAUAUUCUAAAUUUAGGCAUGAGGGUUUAUUUUUUUUGUUUUGUUUUUUUUUUGUUUGUUUGUUUUUGUCAGCACACUAUGGAACACAAAUGAAAUUCUCUUAAUUUAUAAGAAGAUAGUAGGAAUUAAAUUUUGAAAAUGGUCAUGAUGAGCCAUGAAGUUCAAUCCUUAUAGGUACUGCUUUCAGAUAAAUAGUCCAUUUUUGAUGACUUCUUAUUUUGUUGAAAUUCCUUUAACUGCUAAUCACUGUGGUUGCCAAAUACUUCAGGAGCAAAAAUUUUCAAGCAAGCAUGUACUUGAUGCAAAAUACCAAUCUGGCUUUUAUUUUUGUAAAUUAUUUAGUUUCUUUACCUUUUUUGUUUUGUUCAAAUUAGCUCAGUUUUCACAUCAAAGCAGAAUCCUAUCUUAUAUUAUUUUUUUCAUUACAAGACCCAUGAACUGCUUUCAUGCUGAAAAUGCCUCACUUUUCUGUUCACUUCCUGACAUGUGAAGGGUUUCUUGCUCUCUUAAACAUUUCUGUAAGGCAAGUAAAAAAAAAUGUAAAACUUCAUAUAUUGGGUGACUUUGGUCUUUAGCAGGAAUAGAUUUUGCUUGGUAUAUCCAGGCAACUCUCUAAGGCCCAAUGUUAAAAUUAUCAAAGGAAUGUACUUCAGAAUAGCAGUAUGUUUUAUGUAGAUGUGGAAAUGAUUUUAAGAAACAGUGACAUCUUACAACUACUUUUUAUUUACACAGUUUCUGAAAUUGAGCUUUCCCCAUAGAUAUUAUAUUAAUAUUCCAAUCAUAACUUUAACUCAAGAAUAUUAAUUCUACCAAAAGAAUAUUUUGAAAACUUCUAUUCAGGUUACUAGAAUUGGUUAUUUUAAGAAAAAGAAAAAGAAAAAAAGAAUCCUGCUGCUUUCAGUAUUUCCUGAUUUCAUAUUUGUAAAUAUAAAGAGGAACUUCAAUUAUGAAAAAUUUAAAAAGAUAUAUAUAUAUAUGUACUAUUUUGUUUUUUGUCUUGAAGAUUUUGAGUUAUGGUAUUGUUUUCGGAUUGAUUAAUUCGAGUAUGCUGUGUUUUAAAGUGAGAUCCCAUUAGCUUUUUUUUUUUUUUCCCCCAAUAUAAAUGGUUUUUCUUAGAAGUCUGAUAUUGGUUCAUGGCUUAGUGCCUUGGGUUUACAGACUUUUCCUUUUAAACGCAAGACCUUUUUCAACAAAAUAGUGUUUGUCAUCAUUUUGGUACUAAACAUUUAUAAUUACUGUGUAAUUAUAAACAAAAAAUACAUAAAGCUUUGAAUAUAAUUAUGUAGCAUAAAAGUUAAGGUUGUUCACUCUAUGAUGGCAUCUUAGAAUUAAACAAUACUAUUACUAGGGCUGAAAAGAGAAGACUGAUUUAAUGUGGUGUGAUUAUUUUGAGGAUAAAUGUCUGGUUACAGGGAGUAUUUUGUACUAAAAAAAUGCUUAUACAUAUGGCUGUGUAUGUGUGUGAGUGUGUCUGUGAGAGAGAUUGACAGAGAGGUUGAAAGAGACACACAUGCUCAUACACACAUGCGCGCGCGCGCACACACACACACACACACACACACACAUACCUUGAAAUGCUUUAAUUCAUUAGUGUUUCAGUCUUCAUUUUGUUAAACUCCCCAGGCUGAUUCUUUGUUUUAAAUUGAACCACAGGUACAGUUUCCUUUUUGCCAAAUGUCAAAACAGGUACACAUUUUAAAAUGUAAUGCUUUUUAAAUAGUAAAGUGUAUAAAAUUAGAAGUGCCCACAUAUAAAAAUACUUGAGAUCAAGAUUAUCGUUAGUGACUAUCAUCUGCAAAUCUCUGUAAGUUCAAUUGUGCUUCUUACAAUCCCUGUCAUAUUACCAACAGAGGCAAUAAAAGCUUCCGUGAAAUUGCCAUGACUAAA